AUGGAUGAAAGUACAGAUGUAUGUGACACAGCUCAACUUUUAAUUUUUAUUCGAGGGAUUGAUGAUGAUUUUAAUGUUUACGAAGAACUUGCCGAUCUUUGUAGCUUAAAAGGGACUACCACGGGAGAAGAUCUAUUCGAAAGUAUUGAUAAAUCACUAAACAAUUUAGGAUUAGAGUGGAAAAAAUUAGUUAGUGUAACAACAGAUGGUGGGAAAAACAUGAGUGGUUCCAAUAAAGGUGUGGUAGGAAGAAUAAAGAAAAAAAUGUUACAAAACGAUUGUGAAAUCCCUAUGAAUUUCCACUGUAUAAUUCACCAACAAGCAUUGUGUUGUAAAGUUCUUGCGUGUCAAGAAGUUAUGAGUGUUGUUAUUUCCUCAAUAAAUUUUAUUCGAAAAAAUGGUUUGGGUCAUCGUCAAUUUAAAAAUUUUCUGGAUGAAAUUGAAUCGGAGUAUGGCGACGUUAUAUAUUUUACAGAAGUCAGAUGGUUGAGUAGAGGUGCGGCACUUAAACGAUUUUUUGAUCUACGAUUGGAAAUAGAAAUGUUUAUGAAUGAAAAAAAUAAAAUCGUUUCUGAACUAUCAGAUGAAUCAUGGAUUCUCGAAUUAGCAUUUUUAACAGAUAUAACAACAUUUUUGAAUGAAUUGAAUAUAAAAUUACAAGGCAAAGGAAAAUUACUCUCAGAUAUGUACACUGAUAUUAAAUCAUUUCAAUGGGAUUUAAUUAAACCUAAAUUUCUCAAUAUCAUUGAACAAUUGCAAAACAAAUUUUCAACAAGAUUUGAUGAUUUUUAUAAAUUCGAUAAAGAAAUUAAAUUAUUCCAGAAUCCUUUUCAAGUGGACAUAAAUAAUGUCAAGAAUAAUUUACAAAUGGAAGUCAUUGAACUUCAAAAUGACGAGGUUCUAAAAAAUUCUUUUCGGGAAGCAACUAGUUUGCCUCAAUUUUAUAGUUGUCUUCCAAUAUCUACCUUCCCUGGAAUCAGACAAUUUGCACAAAAACUUAUAGCGGCGUUUACAAAUACAUAUAUAUGUGAGCAGACAUUUUCCAUUGUGAAGUACAGAAAAAGUAAGCACUCUUCGCGCCUUAGUGAUGAACAUUUACGAGCUGUAUUACGAGUUUCAACAACAAGUCUGCAAGCUGAUAUCGAAAAUUUAACUAAUAAACUGCAGGCACAGAAAUCGCAUUAA